GCCGAGAGCGCGGAGCCCGCGGAGGACGGCCGCGCCUGGUGCUGCGACGACGUGCACGAAGGCACCCUCCACAACGGCUCGGGCGACGCGCGCGUCGACGGCGAUUGUGGCGAUCCGGCGGCAGCCGCGGCGGCCACGGCGGCUCGGCUCCAGGCGCUGGCGGAGCGCGGUCGCAAGCGUGCUCGGAUGGAGGCCGAGGAGGACGGCAGCGCAGGCGGCGCAGGCGGCAGCGGCGGCGGCGGCGGCGAGACGCUCGAAGGCGAGGGGUCAGUCACGCUCGGUGCCUUUUUCAACGCCCUCGACCACUUCACGUUGCGGCGCCCGGCCGAGGGGGGCUCCGAGCUCGCCCUGUAUGACGCGCUCCGCUCGCCCGAUCGCGCGCUGCUGCGGGGCGGACACUUUGUCGCCGAGGGGUCUCUCGUCGUCGAACAGCUGCUCGCGCUGCGGCGCGAGGACGGCACGCCCCGCUUCCGCCUCGUCUCGCUGCUGGGCACCGAGCAGAUGCUCGGCCGGCUCGCCCCUACCAAACCCGGUGCCCAAAUCCAACUCAGUGGACUAGGCACCGAGCAGAUGCUCGGCAGGCUCGCCCCCGCCAUCCAGCGCGCCGACGAGGCCUAUGUUGAGGACGGCUCUCGUUGCGUCGCCUUUGGCGGCUCGCGAGCCGACUUGUCCGCGGCGACCGGCUUCAAGCAUUCGGCGCUCUCCGUCCUCGGCAUCGCGCUCCGCCCGCCCUCCGCCGUGCCCCUCUCGCCGUGGCUCGCCGCGCUGGCGGCCGCGGCGGGGAUGCGGCGGCCGACGCUGCUGCUGCUCGACGGCGUCAUCAAGCCCGAGAACGUCG